AUGGACGAACUUGCGACAGACUUGGAUGACGAUGAUGAUGGUGGACACACGUGCGAGCCCGAUUUGUCCAUGUUACGGAAUGGCGACAAAGGUGAUUUGGACGGAGACUGCUCGCAGAAAUCGGGUCCGAUAUCGUCACUUGCUGCCUUGACCGUCAGUUUCCCGCAUCUCUCUCUCCUCCUCCUCCCUCCUCCCUCCGUCCUACGUCCCGACCACGUAUAUAUCCUCCUCAUCGCCCUCGCUUCUGCACACACCCGCUGCGCUACCAUUCGUGCCACUUCGUGCUCCGGAAUCGUGUUCCCACUCCAAAUCCACCGUAUGGGGCCGACCCUCGAUGUCCGGCAUCUCCAACCACAUCUCUAUACAUACCCUCCCUCGCCUCCGAACUCUACCAAUGUGACUGCGCCCCCUUCCCCUCGCUUCCGCGCUCUCCAGCCUUCCGACCACGGAUUGUCUGAUAAGCCCACGGCUCCCUCUGCCGUCCCUCGACGUACAUCCUCGAACGCACUCGAAUCCGCUUCCUCUUCCAGGAGCUUCUCCAUUGACUCCGAGCCUUCUUUUGCAGAAUCCAGGAACAACCAAUCUUCCGUUCAAAUCUCACGGAAACAUCUCCCUCGCAGACCCGCGCCGAGAGCCUUGACUUUACCUUCGUCCUCCACUUCAGAACGCUUUCCGGGUGCAUCUCCCCCGAAGACAGCCAGACUCUUAUCACGGCGCUCGUCCAGAUGUUCUACCGAUUCCUCGUCCUCCUCUUCGUCUUCUCAUUCUCCCACCCGCAACCGCACUCCCCCCCACUCCUCUGCCGGCAUUGGUAGGAAGGUUGCUGAUUCUCUGCAGCUGUUCAAGGAGUCGGCGUCUUCGCCGCCUUCGGAGGAGUUUGACCCUCUUCAGAUCACAAGGGUGGGCUCUCCGUCGCGACGCAGGACAGGUUCAUACCAUGCAGACGACGUCGGCGAGGCGCGUUUUGAGUUUGUGAAACGUUCCGAUUGGACAGAGCGCGAGGCAGCGGCUAUCAGACGCGAGCGAAGUGCGACCGCUCUUGACAGGGUUUAUACUAAGGAGAGCAUGGGCAGUGUCACUGGGCGCGAUGGACGCGACGUGGAGGUUCACCGGAAGAAGGACAGAUCAGCAUCCGUGCGAGACACUGUUAUGGGCGACCUGGCUCAGUGGCGAAAAGAUGUUAUCAGCAAACAAGACAAUCGAGGGCGUCCACGCGAGAGGCCACAGUGGACAGACGAGUCUUGCGUUCACAUCGAAUCCCCUUCUCGCAGCGCGGACUCAUUAGUGGAUGUUUCUUCCCACCAUGACCUACAGGCGACUGGUCCUUUCAUCACCAAGCGUACCCGUCAGUAUCCGCCUUCCCCGUCUCCAUCUCGUUCACCCGAUGGUCGCAUCCUUCCUCUCCCAUUACACUCCGUCCAGCUGGACACGUCCCACCUAGUCGAAACUCCAGCCAUCCUUUCCUUCCCACAUCUUCUGUCUGAAGGGUUCCCUGCGAGCCAUUCUCGAUCCCCCACCCCCAUCAGAACGCCUACGUCCGAGCCAGUGCCAGACUACCAGUUAUGGUCCACGGACGAUGAAUCUACAUGGGAUACGACGUCUAUCACCACCAACUCAACCACCUCCGCAUCCUCUCCUCUUCCUCUCUCCCCGUCGCUGCCGGUUGACCAGACCGAUCUAGCUGUAAGGUGGUCCGCAGACGACGACGAUGAGAGAAAGUACGCUGGCUACUCCCCCAACGGCGAGAAGGAUCUAGGAGAGGACGAAACGGAUCAUCUCUUUUUCUCAGGUUUCAACCCGUCCCAAGAUAGCUUGCCACAUAUUCCUCUUCGACCGUUCCGCAAUCAAGUGGGUGGGCAUAACUCAAUCUACAAGUUCACAAAGCGUGCAGUAUGCAAGCCGCUCGUAUCUCGCGAGAAUCUUUUCUACGAGAUCGUAGAGCGAGAAGCACCGCCUCUUCUGGACUUCAUUCCCCGUUACCUCGGUGUCAUGCUUGUCAGCUAUCGUCGCGCUCCGAAGAGCAACGAAACCUCCACCAAACCCUCGGAACAUCAUUCGGCUCGUCCCCCUCUUCACAAAGCCGCCACCGACUCCGUCACGCCGUCCCCUUCCAAUCCGCACAAUGUUUCGCCACCUCCGGGCGAUGGCGACACGGAGGUUGAGGACGAGUUUCCCGAAGUAGUCUUGGAUCGCAACCGACACAUCAUCCCAGAAUGGAUGCUCCGCUCAUCGCGUCACCGCGCUAUGUCACAGUCAUGCACGAUCGGCUCCGCGAUGCCCCGCCAUCUCAAGCGGAACUCGCUCACUGGCGCUGCGUCUAGCCCGGAUCUCGGAUCGCCACGCCAAUCGUUAGGCAUCAAGUCGGGAUCGAACUCGAGUCACAGCCCGAGUCCUCUUUCGCAUAGCCAGGGUCUUGUGCCUAGCGACUCGCCAACGACUCCAGCCAACUCGCCCAACGUGCCACCCAAGGCGCUUGGCACCCAGUUCCAGACUCAUCUCGUGUCGAGCAGUCAAGCGGGCUUGAGCAGCAGCGCGGACACUGACGAUGCAUAUACGCGUCCGAAUUUCAGGCCCUUCAACUCGGAGCAGUCCUAUCCACAGUCGCCUCACUCCACUCUCGCUACGAAUGGUUGGUUUGGGGGUCUAGGGUCAACGACCGUGAACACGAAGUUGAAAGAUCACGUCUUCAGCACCAUCAUGCGGCGUUUCAGGCGGCGGCAGGGUUCACGGUGGAGUGGUGGAGUGCGGACGGAAGACGAGGGUGAGGUCGCUGACGGGGAGGGCGAGGGCGAUGGGAUCCUCGGCGAUCGUUGCCGUCGACGCACCAAGAAGCUGAGUCAGGUGGAAAGGCUGAAGGAGGAGGCGGCAUUUGCGGCGCAACCACUGAGACGUGUACAGAGCGAGGAAAAUAUAGCUAGCGCGGCGAAGCUGCGUGCGAUGGCGAAGAUGGAGGCACGCAGGCGGUCUAUGGAGAGGCGCAGUGUGAACGAUAUUUUCGAGUUCGACGAGGAGAGGACGCGGGAGAAGCAGACCACCCCUACCGAAGAGGACGGGGCUCAGCUUUCUCGGCGCAGCCGUUCUCACUCACUCAAGGGACUUCACAUGCCCGUUCCAUUUAAUAGCCCUGACGUCGCACCGGUCCAUAUCCCCCAUUCAAAUGGACAUGACGUCGAUGAGACAUUCACUCGCCAGAACCACUUCAUCUUAAUGGAGGACUUGACGGGUCGCUUGAAGCACUCAUGCGUGCUGGAUCUCAAGAUGGGGACGCGCCAGUACGGAAUGGACGCCACAUCCUCGAAGAAGAAGAGUCAACGAAAGAAGUGCGACAAGACAACGAGCAGGCGACUCGGCGUCAGGAUAUGUGGGAUGCAGAUUUGGAACCACAAAACGCAGUCCUACGUGAUGCAAGACAAGUAUCGGGGCCGAGAGGUCAAGCCAGAAGAGUUUCCCUCGGUUCUGGCAUCGUUCCUGCACGACGGCGAACGACUGCUUGCUCACCAGAUCCCCGUCAUCCUCGCAAAGUUGUACGCCCUUGCGCGCAUCAUCUAUCGUAUGAAAGGCUUCCGGUUCUACGGCUGCAGCCUCCUCCUCAUCUAUGACGGCGACCGUGAAGUACAGGACGUACUCAAGUCUGCCGUCCUCGAACGUCCAUCUUCUCGUAGCAAGCGCGGCGAGUCGCUCGAGCGUCAGAGCAGAAGCCGGCGCACUGCCUCUGUGCACAGUCCCCAUCGCCCCGCACUUCGUCGCUCGCACAGUGAAGACGUCCUCGUCGGGCCACUUGACCAACGCUGCAGUCGCAAGCGCAAGCGCGGCGAGGUAAACAUUCGCAUUGUUGAUUUCGCACACAUGACGACUGGGCGCGACUGGCUCCCAUAUCCGGCCGACCUGGACUGUCGCCCGGUUGGAGAGGUGACGAGCGGGACUGGCUACAAAGCGGAGGUGGAUCCCGAGACAGGACUCAUCUAUGCGCGGUUCCCGCCACAUUACCCGGAAGAGCCAGAUCGCGGCUUUUUGUUCGGGCUGAAGAACCUGGCUGAGACACUGGAGAAGAUCUGGAACGACGAACGUAUUCGGCGAAUCAAGAUUUCGCGCGACGAUCCUGAGGCGGUGAAAGACCAGCUGCCGCCCUUGUCGGUUCAAGGCAAGGCGAUUUUCGAAAGGAUUUUCGGCCCCGAGGAAGAUGACCAGGGUAUGCUGUCGACGUGA